CGCACCCAUUAGCGGUCGCGGGGUUGCCAUAGCAACGGGUUUUCGGCUUAGCUCCGCGGCUUUGACAUGGCGACCGCCUCCUCUUCGAGCAGCACCAACGAAAGUACUCAAGCCAGUUCCAAAUGGCUGGAUGCCCACUACGACCCAGUGGCCAACCUGUACACAUUUUCCUCCUGUGUCACUUUGGCUGACCUGCAUGGUGAUGGAGACAACAAGCUUGUGGUGGGUGACCUAGGCACUGCCUGGCAUGACAUGAAGCUGAAGGUGUACCAGGGCACGGAUCUGCUGAGCAAGAAUGCCCUGCCGGACCUGCCUGCUAGUGUAGCUGCCUUCCUGAUGGAGCAACAUGAGCCGCGCACGCCUGCUGUGGCCGUGGCCUCUGGGCCCUUCAUCUAUGUGUACAAGAAUCUUCGUCCCUAUUUCAAGUUUACACUGCCCACCAUGGAAAUCAACCCCUUGGAGAAGGAUGUCUGGGAGCAGGUUAAGGAGGACAAGAUUGACCCCCUGACACUGAAAGAGAUGCUGGAGAUGAUCCGAGAAAAAGCUGAUAUUCCCUUGUCUGUGCGGUCCUUAAGCUUUCUGGCUCUCGACCCCCCUGAGAUGGACUCCUUUGUAAACCAGUACAAGAUGCAGCCAAUCAAGCGCCAGACAGUGAUCACUUGCAUGUCUACUCUGAAGAAAAACAUGGCUGAUGAGGAUGCCAUCAGUUGCUUGGUGAUUGGGACAGAGAGCAAUGAAAUCCUGGUUUUGGACCCUGAGGCCUUCACCAUCCUGACAAGGAUGAUGCUGCCAAGUGUGCCGGCUUUCUUGGAUAUCAUGGGCCAGUUUGACGUGGAAUACCGCCUGACCGUGGCUUGCCGUAAUGGAUGCGUUUACAUCUUCCGCAGGGACUCCAAGAGGCCCAAGUACUGCAUUGAACUGAGUUCUCAGCCUGUGGGUUUGGUGCGAGUCCAAAAGAACAUUGUGACUGCCUGUUCUGACCAGACGCUGCAAGGACACACACAGAAGGGAAAGAAACUCUGGACCAUCUCGCUGCCAGCGACACCAAUGACUAUGAGCUUGAUGGACCAGAAAUCCCGGGGUUUCCAGGCUGUGCUGGUGGCGUUGACCAACAUGGAGGUGCACAUGUACCAGGACAAGAGCCUUGUGAAUGUCAUCCGAACGCAGGAUGUGGUCACCAGUAUCUGCUUUGGGCGCUAUGGCCGGGAGGAUAACACCCUUGUCAUGACAACCAAAGGUGGGGGUUUGAUCAUCAAGAUCUUAAAGCGGACUGCUGUGUUUGACAGGGGCGAUGCAUCUAUAGGGGCUCCCAUUGCCCAGAGCAUCAAGCUUAAUGUGCCCAAGAAGACAAAACUGUAUGUGGACCAGACACUGAGGGAGCGGGAAUGCAGUGCAGCCAUGCACCAGGUGUUUCAGAUGGAGCUGAACCGUGUCCGCCUGCUGGCAGCGCGCAGCUACGUCCGGGCCCUGGAGUCCAGUCUGACUCCCAUCGCGGGGACACAGCAGGAGCCACUCAAGAUGAAUGCUGUGGUCCAGGGCAUUGGCCCCACCUUCAAGUUGACUCUUCACCUCCAGACGACAUCAGCCACCCGCCCGGCCAUCAACCUUCUCAUCAGCUUCCUGUACGACGAAGGCCUCUACUACAUGGCCCGUCCCUUCUUCAAGGCUCCUAUGUUGGUCCCUGGUCUGAAUUACCCCCUGGAAACCUUCGUGGAGUGCUUAAGUGACAAAGGGAUCUCCGAUAUUAUAAAGGUUUUCGUGCUGCAGGAGGGAGAGAGCACCCCGCUGCUUAUGGCGCACAUCAAUAUGCCCGUCAGCGAAGGCCUGGCAGCUGCGUGAACAGUUAGAGGGAUGGUGAAAGGGGGAACAAUGGCCAUUGGCUCCUUUCUGGAGAGGAUGUAACACACCCUUUACCUCCAUCUGUUCCGGGAUGGGGCCCUUUCAGAGGUAUCUCUUGUCCCAAGACAAGUAGGAUGCCAUCCUUUGCUGUGGUGGAUGAAAUUCCUUCCUGCUAGGAAGUUGUCACUGGAGAAGUCCAUUUCUGAACUAGGCAAGUUCCUUCCCAGGUUUGGAAGGCCCUUUGACAGGGAGGCCGAUGUUCUGAGUAGCCCAGUCAAGCAUAUCACUCCAUGAAUCAGCUCUCUGUAUCUGCCUACAGUCCAUGGAGGUGUUUGAGGCUGAGUUAGUAGCCCACAAAAAAUGUGUGUAAACAGGAACAUAUACAGCCAUCCCACUGAGUCACUUCGUUGGUUCAUCCAGCCCUGUCUUGUCCCCUCUGACUGGCAGUCACUCAAAUAGAAGGUUUGCCUGGUAUAGACUCUUUUGACUGAACAGGCUAGGACUUAAACCUGGGCCUUGUGCAUGCAAAGAAUGCACUAUACCAACUUCAAACAUCUCUUUGAUUACCCCUUGAAAAAUUCUAUCCCAGAAGCCUUCUAAUUCCAGAUGUAGAAGCAGAUGAGCUGUGAGUCCUGGUGAAUGGAAGGAUAAACGGCUGUUGCCACCCUUCCUAUUGCUGCAUUAUCCAGUGAACAUUAAGGCUGAGUUCCAGGUCAGGUGAAGCCCCCUCCCCCCAUCUUCUGUGUCAUGGGACACAGCUUAGCAGGAUCAGUUCCAGCUUUCAGUGGGCCCUGAGUGGAGAAUAGCUGUGCCCCCCUCAGCUGCUUGGCAUUGUGCCCUCCCUGCCCGCAGUCAUCUCCCCCACUGCCUUAGCCAUCCAUUUCCCUACCCACUUGGUCAUUUUCCAGUGCUCCUAAUGUUCUCAUAGGUGGUGGGAGGACUCUUUAACAAGCAGCUGGGCAGUUAAGUAAUCUGGGAAGGGUGGCAGUGGGUCCCACUGGAAGACAUGAGCCUUGGCGGCUACCUCACCUCAGGCUAUGCUGAUGGUGGCCCUGCAGUGUAGACCUUCGCUUAAGGCAAAGUCUCCUUUUUGUUGUCUCUCAUCCCUCUUUUGCAGUACUUCAUUGCAAUGAUGCAUUGUGGCAUUGGUACCUUAGCUGCUUUGAACCGCUCUGGUUUCUGUUCCAUCUCUGCUAAACUAGGAGGGCCCCUUCCUGUUGAUGGGUGGACAGAUCUAUUGCUUUACCCUUUUUUUCCACUGCUGUAUGGUUUCCUUUUGAUGAACACAUAGGUGUGAAUAAAUAAGUGUUAUCCCCACUCACAGUUUUAACCACUCUUCAUGAGCAGGUGUUAACUUUCUGCCGUGCAAUGUGCUGGUUUUGCAAGUAUGUGGCUGAUAGCUUGGGGUAGGCUGAGCAGAUGGUUCUUUCUAUAACCAGAAAUGCUGAUUCUGCUAGAGUUUUAACACACUAAACUGAACACACUGGGUUAAUUCCUGGAUUGUUAAGAAUGGCUUUCCAAAGAAUGGCUGUGAUCGGUGCAGCAAAAAACGCAAAGUCCGUAACAUCUGUAAUACUCAUUUUAUUUAAAAAAAUUAAACCAGAUUUGUGAUA